UUAUAUUCAGCAGCUGUGUGAUGUUUGAUGCCGCCGGCUUGUGCCCAAUUUGAAGUGUUGGUUUUUGGCAGUAUGAGAAAGUGGGAACUUGGAGGAAAUUGCUAGAAUUGGGUAUAUAUUCUUCACAUUUCUGUGCCGAUGAACUGUUUAUGUCCGAUUUGUUUUAUUUGGUGAAGAGAUCUACAUAUGGCUUCCUUUUUGUCUGGCGAUUCUUCUAAUUUUGCUGUUAGCGAAAGUAGUUGCUAUAGACAGACUGAGGAUAAAGAGGAAGGAGGCUCUUGGUACUUUUCCAGGAAGGAAAUUGAAGAAAAUUCCCCAUCUAAAGUAGAUGGUAUAGAUUUAAAGAAAGAGGCAUAUCUACGAAAGUCAUACUGUACAUUUCUACAAGAUUUGGGGAUGAGACUUAAAGUACCCCAGGUAACAAUUGCAACAGCCAUAAUUUUCUGUCAUCGUUUCUACGUCUGCCAAUCACAUGCAAGAAAUGAUAGAAGGACCAUUGCAACAGUGUGUAUGUUUCUCGCCGGUAAGGUUGAAGAAACUCCCCGGCCUCUGAAAGAUGUUAUCCUUGUCUCCUAUGAUAUUAUUCAUAAGAAGGAUCCUGCAGCAGCUCAAAGAAUCAAGCAAAAGGAGGUAUAUGAACAGCAGAAGGAAAUGAUUUUAACUGGCGAGAGGGUUGUACUCGGAACUCUUGCUUUUGAUUUUAAUGUGCACCAUCCUUAUAAACCCUUGGUGGAGGCAAUAAAGAAAUUCAAAGUCGCUCAAAAUGCCCUCGCUCAAGUUGCAUGGAAUUUUGUUAAUGAUGGACUUCGGACUUCUCUUUGCUUGCAAUUUAAGCCCCAUCAUAUUGCAGCUGGUGCCAUUUUUCUUGCUGCCAAGUUCCUCAAAGUAAAGCUCCCAUCAGAUGGCGAGAAGGUCUGGUGGCAAGAGUUUGAUGUCACCCCACGCCAAUUGGAGGAAGUUAGCAAUCAAAUGUUGGAACUAUAUGAACAAAAUAGAUUUCCAUCUUCUGACGAUGUUGAAAGCACUGUAGCAAGUUCUGCGAAGACUAAAUCCAGGCUGGAGCAACAAGACCUGGGUCAUGGAUCAUCUGUUAACUUGAAUGAAGCAUCAAGUAACAGUCAUUUGCAGGGUGGAGGUACGAGAUCUGGAACUACAAGGCCGACAUCUAGGCCUGCAUCAGAGCAGUCAUAUGUUGAGAAUGAUGGCCCUGCUAGAACCACUCAGAGUCAAAGUAAUGACAACAGAAGUGCUGGAUUGACAGGUGCUUUGGAUCAAAAUAUGCAAGUAGAAGACCCUCAACACUCAAGAAUUGGUGAAGCUCAAAAUUUUUCAAGGUCUGUGUCUGAGGGACGUAGUGAAGAAGGUCAAGAAAGAGAGAUUAAUGACAGGAAGGGCGAAAUAAGGGAAGGUGGGGACAAACAGUUUGGCCGAAAUUUGGAUAAUACACAUAGUGCUCUUGGUCGAUCACCUCAGGAAGCUAUUAAGAAACUGGACAAGGAAAAAGUAAGGGCAGCACUGGAGAAACGAAGGAAAGCCACUGCCGAUGUGACCAGGAAAACAGAUGUGCUGGAUGAGGAUGAUCUGAUUGAGAGGGAACUGGAAGAUGGUAUUGAACUGGCUGGUGGGAGUGAGAAAAACAAACGGGACAGAAAGCAAAGCUGGUUCAAGCCCUUACAUAGACAAGAACAUGAGAGCCUUCAUCAGGGAAGACAUCGAGAGGGUGUUGGAGAUGGUGGACCACGUUUUAGUACUUUUGAAGAAGGUGAGCUAUCAGCUUUUGAAGCUGGACAUGGAAUUCCUUCCCCCAAAUCAAGCAGUCGCAAGAGAAAGGAAGGAAGCCCCCUAGAAAUUGUUGGAGAAAAGAAACAGAGACAUGAUUACCGCCAUAAUCACUUAGACCAUACUACUGAAAAUAAUAACCGGGUUGGCCGAGUUGGUCACAGUGAAAGGGAUAACAAAAGAGCUUUACAGGAGAAUCAUGUCUGAGGUGGUGUGCUACAUAACUUCAAAAAAAAAAAAGAGGUGGUGUGCUACAUUCCAGAGAGGACUAGACCCAUGUAUCAUGAUCUCUUUGCUGAUGAUUUUGGGUUACAUUGCCCCUUCUUUCCCAGCUUCUGGAAAUGUUCCUAUCUAUCAGUACCUCUCAUUUUAGACUUCCAAUUUCCCCCAGUACUGUGCUGCAGAGAGAUCCCUAAAUCCUAAGAGGCUUUAUCUUCCUAUAUCGUCUAUACAUGUUUCAAAUGUAACGCUGUACGAUAGUUUUAAAAUGAUAAUUUGAAUCUUUAGUAGUUACUAGUUAAAAUUGAGAAGAAACUCUUGAUAUUUCUAAUCAAUGAGCUGGGAUCGGUCAUUGUCAUCCCUUUUUUGUUUUGUCUUUUCAAUUUAUCUCGCUUUCAGCAGCUGGUAUAAACCAUGGCAGAGUUUUGUUGCA